AUGGAAAGAGGGUUGAGGCAGGGAGACCCGAUGUCUCAUUUCCUUUUUCUCAUCGCGGCGGAAGGGCUUCAUGCGCUGAUUGAGAGAUCCAUGGCAAAACAAUGGCUGACACUGGCGGUUAUUGGUAAGGAGAAGGUCCGUAUUUCUCACUUGCAAUAUGCAGACGAUACAAUUUUCACCCUUGAUGAGAAUGAAAGGAAUGCAACAGUGGUUAAAAAUCUCCUCAAUCUGUUCCAUUUUGUCUCGGGUUUAGGAGUUAACUUUAACAAGAGCAGUCUUUACAGCAUGGGGGUGGAUGAUGCAAAGGUUCAGCGAAUGGCGGAGGUGCUUAAUUGCAAAGUGUCUGCUCUACCGUUCAAAUAUCUUGGGGUCAUGGUUGGAGGACGCAAUAAUAGUGUUAUUGAUUGGAAUGGUGUUGUUGAAAAAGUUCGAAGGAAAAUUGACGGAUGGGAGAAGAGGAAACUUUCUUUGGUAGGUCGUAUCACGCUGAUCAAAGCUGUCUUGCAAGGGAACUCUGGGGCUAUUGCGUGGAUUAAAUGGGAUGUCCUCUGUUCAGGUAAAAGUGAAGGAGGGCUGGGGUUUAGGAACCUUGAAUGGUUCAGUUCGGCUCUUGUUAGUAAGUGGGUCUGGAGAUAUUUGGAAGGAAAAGAGGCUCUGUGGGUUAGGGUGGUGAGAUCAGUUCAUGGUGAGCAAGAUUCGAAGGAUAGAUGGCGGUGGAAUGCAAAUAAAGUUGGGAGUUACACGACCAAAUCUGCCUAUGCUGUCAUCGCUGAAAAGGAGUCGGAGGACUCACCAAAUGUUAGCUCGAAAGAUGUUCUUGCUAAGAUUUGGAAGGUGGCGACUCCAUACAAGGUUCGAGUUACGGCGUGGAGAUGCUUGAAAAAUAGGCUUGCAACAUGUGACAACCUCCUCAAGAGAAAUAUGAAGUUGAAUGUGGAAGAAACCUGUUCGGCCGAGGAUCAUGGUGAUGCAUUAUUCGACGUUCUGUUACCUUGGAAGAGGGAAGAAGUGCCGCAAGUUCCUACAGAUGCUUUGGGCUGUUACCAUUUGGCUCAUGUGGGAAAAAAGAAACAAGAGUAG